CGUAAGUACCUGCAAAUAUUAUGUUAAGCAAUUCAACACAAAAAAAAUUGUCAAACACUUGGAUUUUGUUUUUCGUUUGAUCAUUUACAAAAAAGCAAAAUGGAGAAUAGAGAGAGACCAAAUUCUCAUAGUUCUCUUGAGACUCAUUUUGUAGAUAUCCAUGAAAUAUUGCCAGAGGAAGAAGAAGAAGAAGAAGAAGGAAAAUCAAGAAUGGCAGAAGAUAAAGCAAGAAGAAGUCUAAACAGACAGUUUAAACCUAGAGAAAUAAGAAGACCUCGCAGAAGUACUUUUAGCAGGCAAGUUUCACUAGAGACAGGGUUUUCAGUUCUUAAGAGAGAAUCUAAAGCUAAUAAUGAAAGGAGGGUUCUUCCAAGAAGUGGACAUAGUUUUGGAGGAUUUGAUUCAACUAAUAGAAUUAAUAUUGGGAAAGGAGAUUUUAGUAUUUUCAAGACCAAAGCCACUCUUAGUAAGCAGAAUUCAUUGUUGCCUGGAAGAAAAGAAAGAGAUACGGGAAAUCAAAAACUUGAUACCUCUAAUGGGAUUGAUGAGUCUGUUAAUGAAGGAGUUCCUGCUGGAAGAUACUUUGCUGCUCUUAGAGGACCUGAGCUAGACCAAGUCAAGGAAUAUGAGGAUAUCCUCCUUCCAAAAGAUGAGAAAUGGCCUUUUCUCCUGAGAUUCCCUAUUGGUUGCUUCGGAAUUUGUCUUGGCCUGAGUAGCCAAGCUGUUCUAUGGCUUAAUCUUGCAACAAGCCCAGCAACCAAAUUUCUCCACAUUAGACCAUUUAUUAACCUUUUUCUCUGGGUUUUAGCAGUCGCGGUCCUAAUCUCAGUUGCCUUUACAUACAUUCUCAAAUGCAUAUUCUACUUUGAAGCAGUUAAAAGAGAGUACUUUCAUCCAGUUCGUGUCAACUUUUUCUUUGCACCGUGGAUUGUGUGUAUGUUCCUAGCCAUUAGUGUACCUCCUAUUCUAGCUCCUAAAACCUUACACCCUGCCCUUUGGUGCACAUUUAUGGGACCAUAUUUCUUCUUGGAGCUAAAAAUUUAUGGCCAAUGGCUUUCUGGUGGAAAGAGACGUCUUUGCAAAGUAGCUAAUCCAUCUUCACAUCUUUCUGUGGUUGGAAAUUUUGUUGGUGCAAUUUUAGCUUCUAAAGUUGGAUGGAAGGAAGUAGCUAAGUUCUUGUGGGCAAUUGGGUUUGCACAUUAUCUUGUAGUGUUUGUAACUUUGUACCAGAGAUUGCCAACAAGCGAAGCAUUGCCUAAAGAACUUCAUCCUGUUUAUUCUAUGUUCAUUGCAGCUCCAUCUGCUGCUAGUAUUGCUUGGGAAACUAUUUAUGGUGAUUUUGACGGUUUGUCAAGGAAUUGCUACUUCAUUGCUCUUUUUCUCUAUAUUUCCCUUGUUGUACGAAUCAAUUUCUUCACAGGCUUCAGGUUCUCGGUGGCAUGGUGGUCUUACACUUUCCCCAUGACAACAGUAUCAGUGGCAACUAUCAAGUAUGCAGAGCAGGUUCCUGGUGUUCCAAGCAAAGUGCUUGCACUUGGGCUGUCUUUCAUGUCUUCAACAAUGGUGUCUGUACUCUUCGUCUCCACCCUUCUCCAUGCGUUCGUUUGGCGGACUUUGUUUCCUAAUGAUCUUGCCAUUGCUAUAACAAAGAAAAGACUUGUCAAAGACAUAAAACCCUUCAAGAAAGCCUAUGAUAUUAGGCGUUGGACAAAGCAGGCUAUUAAUAAGCAGAGUCAACCAAACAAGAAAGGAGAAGAUGAUGGUUUGCUUACUCCACAGUAAACUGGAGAUGGAACAAACUUUGCAUAACAGCACUUGUAAUCUUCUUAAUUGCCUGCCUUAUUAAUAAUAUUUUUGAGCCAUUAAUAAUUUUGAUACA